AUGGACUUCAGCGGACCGAGAAGCAGGACAACUCCGCGAUCGUUGCCUCCCCAGGUUCAAAGGAAUCCCCGCGAUUCGACCGUCGGCAGGAGAAGGGGCAGAGGAGGCGGUCUGACGUUCCUACGUGUUCGCGGCCUGAGACAAAGCAAAGCUGCGGCCAACCAAGACGGAGGUCUGGGCGACCUGCUCAGCUUUCUGGAGCGAAAAGCAUCUUCAUUCACCACAGGAGGUCAAGCCCGGCAGGUCAUGAUAAAAAAGUCUCACGCGGUGGGCGAUUAUGUCUUCAUCGGAGCGACCAAGGAAGACGCGGAGGAGCUCAUCAAACUCAACACCUUCACCUUUGCCAGCGCACAGCUGGAGAUUGUCGAAUCGGAUGAGGACCUCGGGCACCAGAGCAAGGUCACCGAGUCCAAGGAGACACAGGAACUACGCGCAAAACUUCAGACGAUUCUGAGCCAACGGUAUCUGAGUGCCAACAAAUUGCUGAAGCUUGAUGCCCUCGCAACCGACGCGCAGCUUGUCGAUCUCGGCAUGUUCGAGAACCGAGAGAGAGCCCUCAAGACGUUCAAAGGACUCAUGGUGAUUUGCGACGGCCUCUUUCGAACGAUGGCGGAGAAGAACAAAGCCAUUGAGAGCAUUAGCCUUGCCAGCAACAGCAUCGACGAUGUCUCCCAAGUCGAGUCGGUGGCAACCACCUUCCCACAGCUCAAGAACCUCGACAUGAGUGGCAACCAGAUUGGCAACUUGCAAGCGCUAGAGCGCUGGAAAGGCAAGUUCAAAGACCUCGAAACUCUCUACAUGACUGGAAAUCCGAUCGAGGCCACGGAACCCAACUACCAGGCGACACUUCUGGAGUGGUUUCCCAAACUGCAGAACAUCAAUGGGACACAUGUCCGGACUGCCGAGCAAAUCGAACAGCAAGCUGCGGCCUCCAGGCCAAAGCCGAUCCCUCAAAGCGGACCUGAUUUUCGCGACGUCAACGGAAUCGGCGAGAACUUUCUUCUCGAGUUCUUCACAUCUUUUGACCAGGACCGGCAAGCCCUGGCCUCCCGGCUCUACGACGAGAGCAGCCAGUUCUCCAUAGCCGUGGAUGCACGAUCCGUCAGAGACUCGGACGCACCGGCGCCGUUGCCGUGGUCGUCGUACAUCAAGGUGUCACGGAACUUGAUCAAAAUUACCCAUCAGAACGCCCGGAUGCAGCGCCUCUUCCGGGGCGCCAACAUCAUCCAGGAUAUCUGGAAGGGCCUGCCUCUGACCAAGCACCCCAACAUCAAGGAGGACCUGAGCAAGUACAUCAUGGACUGCCACCCCCUGCCCGGCCUUGCGGAUCCCAACGGACAGAUUCGCGUGGGCGUAGACGGCUUGAUUGUCUCGGUUCACGGAGAAUUUGAGGAGUACGACCAGAAGACUGGAGACGGGGGCAAGCGAAGCUUCUCACGCACCUUUGUCCUCGGACCCGGCCAGCCAGGCAAUGGCCCAAUCCGGGUGGUGAGCGACAUGCUGUCGCUGAGAGCCUACAACCCUCUUCCGAAUGUGUUUGCGCCACCGGCAGAAGGCGCUGCGACUGCAAACGACCCUCGCCAAGCCAUGAUUACCGAGCUGUCGAAGCUGACGGGCAUGGUGCCUGAGUACUGUGAAAUGUGUCUGUCGCAAGUGGAAUGGCAAUUCGACAAGGCCAUUGCCAUCUUCCAUGAGAAAAAGGCCGAACUACCCGCCGAAGCUUUUUCUUCGGUUCCCCAGUAG